AGAAUGGAAAACUACUGGCCAUGAGGGACAUCAUCAAGAAGGGGUUUCUGCCACCCAUGCUGGUGUUUGUGCAGUCGACAGAGCGAGCGCGGGAGCUCUUCCAUGAGCUGGUGUACGAGGGCAUCAACAUGGACAUCAUACACGCUGACCGUACACAGCAGCAGAGAGAGAACGUUGUGAGUAGUUUCUGCUCAGGAAAGAUCCGAGUGUUGAUCUGCACAGCCCUGCUGACCAGAGGGAUCGACUUCAAGGGCGUCAACCUGGUGAUGAACUACGACUUCCCCGUUCGCCAUCUCAGGGCGAACCGCAUUGCCAACGUGAUUAAGCAGGCCGGCUGUCCUGUACCAGACUACAUGGUCUUCUUCAAGAAAAUCCACAAGUGA